AUCAACAAGUCGUUGUAGUAUAGUGGUAAGUAUUCCCGCCUGUCACGCGGGUGACCCGGGUUCGAUCCCCGGCAACGGUGAUUUUUUUCACGCGAUUUUUCUUCCUCUGAACCAAACCCAUUUUGAUUUUUUUCUUCUUUCGUUUCUCGAAAAUUAGGGUUUUUUUUCUAAAUUUCACGCGAUUUUUCUUCCUCUGAACCAAACCCAUUUUGAUUUUUUUUUCUUUCGUUUCUCGAAAAUUAGGGUUUUCAUUUCUGAAUGAUGGAACGUUGCAACUUGUUCGAUGUUACGGUUCCAGUUUCCAAUCCGGAACUUCACAAAACCCCUGAGUUACUUUGAUUCAGACUCUGUUUUGAUUAAUUCAGGUGGGAUUUGAGAUGGUUGAUGCUAUAGCUGAAGCCUGAAGCUGAAGGGAUAUCCAUGAGUAGUGUUUCCUUCAAAGCUCUAUUUGGAAAAGCCUUGAUUCUUAAAACAGAGAGUUGUGGACUGCCUCCUAAUGGUGGUGGCCAAGUUAUUUUGUCACUUUCUAUUGUUCAGAGCCUAACUGCAGUUAAUUGGAUCGAUGAGGGAUUUGUUAAGAGGAUACGAGGAGAUACGUUUUCAAACAAAGUAUCUGAUCAAUUUGAAAAUAGUAUGAUUACAGCUGCGCGUGGAGUCAUCAAUAAACUAGUUUGUGAUGUGUCCAUUUCUACUGAUCACAGAACGGGUCCACUGGCUGGAAACUCUCCCGGAUAUGGAAUUUUACUAGUUGCAGAGACUACUUCUGGUUGCUACAUCUCUGUCGAUACUGUCGCUUCUCAUGGGAGGAAUGAAGAUACUUCCGGCCUUGUAGAUGAUGUGAAAAAGGAUCUGAUGCCUCCAGAGGAUAUUGGUAAGGGGAUUGCUAAUGCUUUACUAGAGGAGAUAGGACAAUCUGGAGUGGUAGAUUCAACAUAUCAGGGUCUGCUAUUUCUUCUUUGUGCUCUAUGUCCUCAAGAUGUUUCCAAGGUUCGCGUUGGAAAGCUUUCCCAAGACGGGGUUAAAACUCUUAGAAACAUAAGGGAUCUUCUUGAUGUGAAGUUUAUUAUCAAACCAGAUCCGGAUACACAGUCAGUUAUCCUCAAAUGUGUUGGCUGUGGCAUGAGGAACCUUUCUCGAAAGAUCUCAUGAAGACAGUGUAGUCUAGUGAAUUGAGUUUUCGCUUGCCAAUUUUGUUAGUUAUUAUGUAUAGUUUUGAGCAAUAUUUCAAUAUUUUUCUUUGUUUAAUACGUAGAGCUUUCUUCUAUAUGUUACUCACUCUGAUUCUUCUAUUUAUAAUAAAAAGUUUAUAUUUUAGGUUUAUUAAAUAAACAUUGUAUAUGAUCUAUAGAUUGUCUAGGUCCAUUGUAUAUGAUCUUUCUUCAUCAUGUUUUUUCCCAAGUAAAAGGUUUUAAAAGUUGAAUGCAUACUGCUUUCAUAAUAAUAUAAGAGAAAACUAGUCUCUAAUUUUUUUCUUGGAGUAAGAAUAUACCAAAAACAGUUACAAGCAAGUGAUCUAACUGAUCCAGGAUCCAGCUACACAAGGACUAAUUAACUCCUAGCAACCUUAAACAAUUAAGGAAGCAUAAGUUUACCUACAUGACUCCUAAGUUUGGGUUUCUACCAACACCUGUACACAAUGUUGUCAAUUUUUUAGUGCUGAUAAUGUCACUCUUCGUAUUCUUCCCAAAACACUUCUUACUACGGUAGCUCCAGGUUUCAUAGACCGUUUCUCCAACAUCAGAAUCAUAAUAAAGAAUCUAAAAAGAACCGGUAGACUAUAAAGAAUCUCAUAAGAUAUUUAGUUGAUUAUCUUAUGAUUUGUGUUACAAUACCACCUUUCCUAAUGCCUUAUUUUCAACUACAAGGCCUUCACCUUCUAGAGUGAUAUUUACUUUUCUACACAUCUCACAAUGGAGUUAAGUGAUAUUUACUUUUCUACACAUCUCA